UCCCAGCGAUUGUUGUGUGCGUUCCCUUGCUGUCGACAAAUUUUUCCGCAUCACAGAGCUCAGCCCAGACAUUAAGAUGAAGUCUUUCGCCGUGUUCGCUGCAUGGUGUGCGGGUGGGGCGCUCGCGUUCGCCCCUGUGCCCAAGGUAUCCUCCCUGGGCGCCAAGUCUGCUCCUGCUAGGAACAGCGCAGCUACUGCUCUUGAUGCCAAGAGCAAGGCCCUCCCCUUCCUGGAGAGCCCGGCCACGCUGGACGGGAGCAUGAUCGGGGACUUUGGCUUCGACCCGCUCGGGUUGACGGAGAACAUCGACAUCCCCUUCGCGCGUGCUGCGGAGAUCAAGCACGGGCGCGUAGCGAUGCUCGCCGUGGUCGGCUUCUUGCUGACGCAGUACGUGCACCUCCCGGGGGACCAGUUCCAGGCGGGACCCCUCGAGGCGCUCACGACCGUACCUGCCGGGGCCCAGGCGCAGGUCUUCACGUUCAUCGGCACGUUCGAGAUGGCCGCCAUCCUCCAGACGUACUCCGAGGACACCACCGACCCCUGGGAGAUCCUCUUGAAGGACCCGAUGGGCGCGGAUCUCUUCUACAAGAAGAGCGAAAAGGAGCAGGAGAGGCUCAAGCUUUCCGAGGUCAAGCACGCGCGCCUGGCGAUGCUCGCGAUCAUCGGCGAGCUGACGCAGAUGAUGAUGUUCCACAAGCCCUCCUUCGACUUCUAAGCGGCGCCGUCCGUGGCGGGGCACCCCCAUCACAUGUUAUGAAAUGAAUCAAAGAAGGAGAGAAUUUUUUCUUUUCUUUUUCAAGGGUGUCCCAUGCUCCGAACAGCGCGGCAGUGACUGGCCGCCUACCUUCGCGUUGGCAGGGGGCAGUCGGGGGAGGGGAGGCGGGCGGGAGGGGCGCAUGUUUCUGAUUUCAUAGGUUUUGUCCACCACG